CGCUGCUAUACUGCCGGAAGAGAUUGCAGGGGCUUUCCAGGAGAGGGAGAAGCCACUUGGGGAGCCGAGUGGCUUUUUAAAACUCCUCCACACUUGGAAACGCGUAAACAGCGAGGGCAACUAGGGACAGAGGGAGACAUCAGCGCACCCGACAGCAAUGUAUUUUCAGGUGGAAUGGGUUGUGUAUCUUGUGCUGCUCUCAAAGGUUCACUUGUCCAGUGGAGUCAAGAAACAAUGUGCUGAGCCCUCCAACAAGGAACUGUCAAGGAAGCUGAACGACUGGGUGCCUGCCUCUGGAGUGAGCAGUGCAAGACACCUGGAACCUGGGAAAGCAUUCAAUGUGUCUCACCAGCACACAGCCCAGAUUGGCGAAAGGAGCACGUCCCCCUGGUCAUACAGAAUAAAUGAAGAUCGAGCGCGAUACCCAAGGAAGCUGAUGGAAGCGUACUGCCUGCACAAAGGCUGUCUCGGGCCGGACGGGCUGAUCGACAACACCGUUAGGAGCCUACCGUACCACACGAGUGUCUUUGUGCUGAGGAGGACCCACAGAUGCAAACACAAGACCUACAUCUACAGACUGGCCGAGGAAAAAAUCCCAGUGUUCUGUGUCUGUGUUAUGCGCGAUGUGGCCAAGGUUUAAAAGCAGAAGUUGAGACCCCAGUAACCUGACUGUGUAGCCCUUGCUGUAAAUUCCAAGAGGAAGCGUUUCUGUAGGCCAGUAAUAAAGAUGAGGAAUAUUUUGAUUUUUAUUUUCUGAAA